AUGGAGGCCAUCCUGGAAUCGAAUUUUACCUGUGUCAUCUGCACCGCUGUGACUUUGGGUGUCAAGCAGGCGUCCUGCUGUAGCGCAACGCUGUGUACUGCCUGUGUGACCAAGACCAAAGGCAACCCGUGUUGCCAGUGCCGCAACACCACCUACAUCAUGUCUAAGAAUCGGGGUAUGUAUGAGAUGCUUGAAACUUGCCGCCGGACAUGCACGGAUUGCAAGCUUGACCUUAACAUUAUUGCCCUCAAAGGCCACCUGUGCCAGGCCAAGAUCACCCAGCUGCCGACCAUCACGCUGGCCGCCGACUACGAGUCGCUGCUCCACGGUGCCACGUACAAGUGUACACUGGCCAAGCCCCAUGGAUCUCUUUUAGGUGAGCACGUGCUUAUCGGCAAGGCGUCUGCCACUAUCCGCUCUGUGUGUGAUGAUGACGUGGUAGUGGUGUAUCUGCCGGAUACGGAAAAGUACGUGAGACUGUCUCUGCAUGCAGCCCAUCAUCUUGUCGUCGAGCGCCAAGAUGCCGAGAAAAGGGCUAAGGACACCAUGCGACGUGUUGAAGCCACAGAGCUGGAUCGCAUGCUGGAUAGUGACGUGGAUAGUGACGUGGACAGCGAAGACUAUGACGACCCCAUGACGACAUCUGCAGUUAGACCAGCAAUUAUUGACGUUGACAGUGAUGAUGAUGCACCACCUGCACAGUGGACCAGUCUCUCGGUUGCUGACAUGACUGGCGAAGAGAGGUCCAUGAUGAUGAACUCUGUUCUCAGCGAAAACGUGCUUGUAGAGGUGCUACCCAGACGCAGCCUGGGCGCGGGUGUGGUGUGGAAAUUGGUUUUAAUACAGCAAAGAGGUUCAGAUCGCCGGUACUAUGUGGCUCCGUUCUACCGUGUGAGUACACGACGUAUACCGUCUUCGACUGUACGAGUGCCGUUUUCGCGAAACAUCAGGACACGUCGUCAGCUAGUACCUCGAGACUUUACGCGACAAUAA